AUGGAGGCUCGCUUUGGUAAUAUUGUGUUCAGCUCCAAGUUUGACUCAGGGAACCUGGGACGUGUGGAGAAGGUGGAGAAGAGCAGCUCCAGCCCUCCUACCGAUAUAGCUCCCAGUGGGAGCGCCCUCUCAGUGUCAAGCCUUACUCCUGACUAUGACUUCAAUGUGUGGACACAGCCAGACUGCGGUGGCACAGAACAUGAGAAUGGAAACAGAUCAUGGUUUUACUUCAGUGUUCAGGGUGCCGCACCCGGGAAGAUACUGAAGAUCAAUGUGAUGAACAUGAACAACCAGAGGAAGCUCUACAGCCAGGGCAUGGCUCCUCUCGUGCGCACUUUACCUGGCAAGAACCGUUGGGAAAGGAUCCGGGACAGACCCACAUGUGAGAUUGUAGAUAACCAGUUCAUCCUCUCCUUCACUCAUCGGCUGUUGGAGGCGCGCGGCACGACCACCUACUUCUCCUUCUGCUUCCCGUUCUCUUACAGUGAGUGCCAGGAGAUGCUGCAGCAGUUUGACAAGAGCUACCCCAAUGCUGCUCAACUCAGUCCAAGCAGUGCCCCGGACAGUGUGUAUUAUCACAGGGAGUUGCUCUGCCACUCUCUAGAUGGCAACAGGGUGGACCUGCUCACUGUGACCAACUGCAACGGGAUGCAAGAGGAGAAAGAACCCCGUCUGCCUAAACUGUUUCCUGACACCAACACUCCAAGACCCCACCGCUUCUCCAGCAAAAGGGUGUUUUUUCUCAGCAGUCGAGUGCACCCCGGGGAGACACCCUCAUCUUUUGUGUUCAACGGUUUCCUCAACUUCAUCCUAAGAAGAGAUGACCCUCGUGCUCACGCGCUUAGAAACAUGUUUGUGUUCAAGCUCAUUCCCAUGCUCAACCCAGACGGGGUCGUUCGUGGGCACUACAGGACUGAUUCCAGGGGUGUGAACUUGAACAGACAAUACCUGAACCCCAGCCCCGAGCUGCACCCUUCCAUCUAUGGAGCCAAAACACUUUUGCUCUUCCACCACACACACAACCGCCUGCACAACACACAGUCCAGCACUCACUGUAGCAGCCCCACGCACACGCAGGCCCCGCCCCUUACUAUCAAAACCGCCAAUCAGCACCAGUCUCCUCCCUUCACCGCCUUUGAAGUCAACUUGAACCAACGAAAUGCAGAGAAGGACGCAAAUCCUGCGUUGCCGGAAGUUCCCAUGGUGAUGGUAGAAAACGCAUGGGUCACCACGGAGAUGGGGAACGAGGACCAUAACACUUCAUCGAGCUCCCCCGUUACUGUUGAGGUGACAGUACCACGGAUGGAGCAACAAGAAUCAAUUCCUCCCCAGGAGGCUGGUGUGGCAUAUUAUGUGGAUUUACAUGGCCACGCCUCUAAACGGGGAUGCUUCAUGUACGGAAAUAACCUUCCUGACGAGAACCAGCAGGUAGAGAACAUGCUGUAUCCAAGGCUGAUCGCUGUCAACUCCGCCAACUUUGAUUUCCAGGGCUGUAACUUCUCUGAGAAAAACAUGUAUGCACGAGACAAGAGAGAUGGCCAGUCUAAAGAAGGCAGCGGGCGGGUGGCCAUUCACAAGGCCAUAGGGCUGCUUCACAGCUACACUUUGGAGUGCAACUACAACACAGGAAAAACCAUGAACACCAUCCCACCUGCUUGCCAUGACAACGGACGGGCAACCCCACCUCCACCUCCAUCAUUCCCUCCAAAAUACACUCCAGAAAUAUUUGAGCAGGUGGGGCGUGCCGUGGCUAUCUCAGCCCUGGAUAUGGCAGAGUGUAACCCCUGGCCACGGCUGGUGCUGUCUGAGCACAGCUGCCUGAUGAACCUUCGAGCUUGGAUCCUCAAGCACGUCCGCAACACCAAAGGCCUGAACACACACAUCCACGCUCAUCCUCCGCCAAGAAUACACCACAAUGGCAACAAGGCGUCACCACCAAAGAGCUUCAACAACUGUCUGUCUGGCUCAGCUUCAGAAAACACCCUCAGUCGCAUUCGCUGCAACAGCCACAGCCACAGCAGCAGCAGCCAGACGCCCUCCCCGAAGAUGCACAGCUCCCCGAGCUUUACUUUUGGCUGCCCCCCACCCCGAACUCACACACAGCACAACAGCACGCACAACAGCACGCACACCAGCGGACGUGGAGGCAACAAGACACUCGGGCCAGUCAGGGACCCUAAGCCUCAGGAGAAAAGACGCCCCCCCCACCACCGCUCCAUCCUACGGUCUCCCAGCAACAGCCACGCACCCUCCCGCCCCCCACUCUCACCCCCUUCCUCUUCCUCUUCCUCAUCUUCCUCCAUGUGUGCAGUGGGCUCCUGUCCCCUCCCGGCCUCCGUCACUAUGACAGGCCUCAGCUGUCCAGACUUUCAGGCUGGAGCACCCAGUUCAGCGAGUUGGUCCAGAAUGCCUUUCCCCAUGCGUCCCGGGCGUGUAGGGAAAGGAUGCCGGACUCUCACAAUCAAUCAUCACCCUGCAGAGGCCUGCACAGAGACUGCAAAACACUUGGGGCCUGAACACAUCCUUUCCUCUCUCAAAUUGAGCAAGUGUGAACUGCAACCUCACAUGAGCCGCAUCCCGAUCCGGAGAUUGGGAUCGACUGAAACCCCUCCUGCACAUGACAGUAAAACAUCCCCUGCCAGCAUUAACCCAGUCUCAUCAGGAGAUAACGAGGAGUCAGCCACCAUGAAGGUCUGGAAGCUGCUUAGACCGGGCCUCCAUCGACACCUGUCACUUUCAGGUGUAUCUGGGAAAGAAGGUGCCAUGCAGUUGGCCUCUAAAGCACUUAUGAAGAAAAGCCCGGACAUGAGUCUCCAAUACAAAGGACACACUAUAAUAGAAACCGCUCACGAGAAGGAUGAAACAGAGCAAGAGGUUGAGGAAGCUCCAGUGAUGCCCCUGCCUGAGACUGUGACCCUGUGUGGAGAAGCCUAAGUACUGCACAGAAGAGGAGGUGCUUGUGUUUAUCUCUGUAUUUGCUGACCAAAACCAUUUAAAACUAGGAAACAGGAGGGGGCAUUGUCAUCACAGGAGGAAUAUGUAGGCAGCUUAAUGUGAAAUGCAACAAGUUUAACAUUAUUUAUUGAGAUUUUCCAGAACAGCAUGGUGUUUAGAACCAUGCUGUUCAACAUAGUCAGACCGUGGAGCUGUCCAUUCCAACCAUUGGGCAGCUUUACUGGAGCAGCUGCAGGUGUAGUGCCUUGCUUAAUGAAACCACAACAGUGGCUGAGGUAGUGGAGAGGUACAAACCUUCCCCAUCCUAGUUCAGAAUCCGUAGACUUGAAAUAUCCUUUAAACUUUUCAUUGUACUUCACAUUUCAGUUUUUGUAAUUUUAGUCCUUUCCUUCUGAUGUCCCCUCUCCCCAAAAAAAGAUGUUAAAUACACUCAGACCAACACUGUAAUGCACUGGUAAGUAUUUUUACAGCCACUUGUACUGUUUUUAUUCAGACUGACGAGCACGGCAGCACCUUUGCAACCACUUUAUUUCCAUUUUGACUUUAGAAACAAAUGUGAGUGAAGUGUGUGUUUAAUGUAAUUAUUCCAAAAGUUCUUUGUGUUUUGCGUAUAGAAGGUAUUCACCCUGGACAUUUUCAGUUUGUUUUAAAACACUGAUUUAAGUAGGAUUUUUUAAAACUCAACAGAAAAUAAAUGUGAAAUUGUAAAAUAGUACUGAGCAAAUAUGAAACCAUUAACAGCACAUAUCCAAUUGAAUGAGAUGACCUGUGUGUGACAAGUGAUUUUAGGAUAAAUACACAUGUACCUGGAAUGUCCAGCUACUAGUUAGAAAGGAAAAUUACUAAAAGAUAUCUGAAAAGUAUGAAGCGGAGUAAUGUAACAAAAAAAAAGAUUCCAAGGUUCUGAAUAUCUCGAAGUAAAGAAAAAAUAUGGCACAGCUGUAUAUCUGCCUGCAGCAGGUCACCCUCAGGUGUUAAAUGUCCAUGUGAAACAGGCCAUUGUGAGAGAGGACACCGAAGCCUGGCAGUGACUGCAUCUGCUGUACUCUACCAGAGAACUGUGACUUGGGAAAUGUAUUUAUUUUCCACAUACACUUUUAAGCCACUUGUCACAAGUGGCUUAAAAGUAGUACAUUCAUGGUCCAAAAUGUGGGUUAAUACUUUUAUACACACACACACACACACACACACUGUGUAUUGAACAUAUUUUCCCAAUGACAUUCCGUUGGAGCUUUUUCCUCCACAGCACAACAAUAUAGACACCUGUACUUUAUUACCAUGUGAUAUAUCAAUAUUUUGUGUAAGGCAAAUAGUUACACGAGUUGUCUUUUUAAAUGUAAUGAACAUAUUUUAACCCGUUGACUGAUUUUUACCAAAUUACUUAUACUGUGACUGAUAUAAUACUGUGUUGGAACUUGAAUCAAACUUGAAGUAUUAAUAAAUGAAGAUGAAAAAAACAG